AUGCCCCCCAAGAAGGUCGCCCGUCCCGCCCAGGAGAACAUCUCCCUCGGCCCCAACGUCCGCGAGGGCGAGCUCGUCUUCGGCGUUGCCCGCAUCUUCGCCUCCUUCAACGACACCUUCGUCCACGUCACCGAUCUGUCCGGCCGUGAGACCAUCUGCCGUGUCACCGGUGGCAUGAAGGUCAAGGCCGACCGUGACGAGUCCUCCCCCUACGCCGCCAUGUUGGCCGCCCAGGAUGUCGCCACCCGCUGCAAGGAGCUCGGCAUCAACGCCCUGCACAUCAAGAUCCGUGCCACCGGUGGUAACGGCACCAAGACCCCCGGCCCCGGUGCCCAGUCCGCCCUCCGUGCCCUGGCCCGUUCCGGCAUGAAGAUCGGCCGCAUCGAGGACGUCACCCCCACCCCCUCCGACAGCACCCGCAGAAAGGGUGGUCGCCGUGGUCGUCGUCUCUGA